CGACGAUGAAGUUGGUCAAUCACGAGAAGUUUCUCACUGAGUGAAAGCGGGUUGUGUUGUCCGUGUUGAAAGGCGAACGUAGCAAGACAGAAGAGGGGCCGCAAGCACUGGGAGAAUGCACCAAUGUCAAAUGAAAGCACACCAGUCAAGUGACAACCCUCGCACCAUUUGCUUACGACGCCUUCACGGCUUUCUUGAGAAAGGAUGAGAUGAGGAAAAUUGUGACACAGUUGCGAUGCCACACUUGCAUCAUCGACUUCUGCGAUCCCGUUGACGGAGCACGUUGGAAUGAGGAGGCUUUCCGGUCAUUGGCGGCAUUCCUUGAAGCUGUGUGUCCUGAUUUCUGGACUCUGAUUGCUUUCGUUCCCAGGCAAUGGGACCUCUCCUUCAUGGGUCUUCUGCACAUUCUUCCUGUCACGAAUGGUUGUGCAGGAAAAUGGGUUCGGAGGAGUCAAAUUAAGAAGCAGUACCAAAUCGAAAACAGUGUGUGGACUGAGGAGGACAGGAUGUAUGUUCUUUUCCAUGGGGAUGAUCUGAAGCUUAACACCCCACCGACAUAUGAGGGGCGAUUGCCGGACGAUGACGCUGCAGCUCUUGGGAAAAGGCAGAAGUGCACACCCUCGGACAUUGCCGAUACACAGUUCACGACCACGACGUAUGCAUUGGCAGGUGUGCACCACCUAAAGGGGUUCAUCUAUAAGGAAAUGGAGCGCCACCCGGUGCAGAAAGAGGUCGACCAUGAUCCAGACAGGAACAUGUGGUUCAAGCUAUCAGCUGAGAAAAGGGCGAGUGUAUACAAGUUUCUCUUCCUCGACACACGACCCAAACUAAGAUUCGACGACGACUACAAGUGCCGCCGAGAUGUCGUGAUUAGGGCAUUGGAUGGCUACCAUGGUGCUUCUAGGGAGGCUGCGACCAACUUCGUGGGGAAACUUGAAGAAUGCUAUUUCGACAAUGGCAAGAUGGAACUCACGUUAAAUUAUUACAAGGCUCAGUUUACCGAAGAGGACAAUUUCAACGCAAACGACGAGGAAGAAGUCAGCGAAGGUGAGGAGCCGUUGGAUUUAGAGACGGUAUAUCACAAAUAUACUAUCGGUAUGGCGUCCUCUUCAACGCCUUCCAGUUCCAAGCACGCUGCGUGUUCGCCUGUCGUCACUCCUGUCGCAACGCCAACCUCAGGUUCUUCAAGAGGAUUCCUUUCCUCUAUGAGAAGCAAACCUCUAAACCCCACUGUCAAGCCUGGACGUCCUCUUCCGCUGACGCACACGUUGAGAUUGCAGAAAGGUCAACUCUAUUUCUUCGGGAAAACGCAUAGGAGCACCGACGAGUCUGAUUGGCGUCAUCAUAUAGUUUGGCAUCCAGAUGUGUUCCAACCAGCAGUUAUCGAUAGCAAAUGGGUUAUGGCGUUCAAUGAUAAGGGCGAAUGGAAAUCAGAACCCCGUUUGUCAAAAAACGUGUUUGAAGAGGCCGCCCUCCAAGCGGUUAUUGACCACAUCGCGGAGGUAAACUGUCGUCAACCAGAUGAGUUUGUCGUCAAAGUGUUCGGAGAGCAGACAUAUGAGAUUCUUCGGGAACACAACAUGUUGGAGUUGUGUCGUGACUUUUAUUACCUCAAAACAAGUCCAAGUUAUGAGGCUAAUAUUGACUGGCAUAUUCCCCCCCCUGCCCCAACACGCGGAGAGGGAGCUGGACGGGGCGGACGUGGAGGAGAUGACGAAGGAGGGGACGGAGGAGGUGAGGACAGAACCCGCGCCGGCAGUCACGGUGGAUAUGGUGGAGCAAGUGACAAUAUAGGGGGCGGCGCACAACGCGGAAAUAUUACGAGCGCGGGAGGGGUGACGAUCGCAGGCGGAAUGGGUGGCAUGGCUUCGGCAGAAGGUGCAAGCUCACAAACUGGGCAGGGAUCACCGCAGGUGGAAUCUCCACCGCCGAUGCAUGCACUGCAAGCUUCUGAACUCGUUGGCCAAGGACAACACGCAUUUCCCGGCAGCGGAUGUAUCCGCGGUACAGUUUCUGCCGGAUCCAAUUUCAUGGCAGAUGCGGAGUCGGUCGACAUGGCUUCCACUAAGGAUCCAGGACGCGACAAGAAUGUGGUGGAGAAACCUGUAGGAGGGUCAUACUCCACCGAAAGGACAGAUUCUCUUGCGAGUCCUUGUGCAACGGGGUCUGAGGUGGAUAAGGGGCGGGGGCUGCGGGUUGGAAUUUUUUCUGCCGGCACCGGAUGUAUCCGCCAUGCGAGCGGGGGCGUCAGUGUGGAGCAGACGGAGGACUUAGUUGCCGGAAGCUUUUCAUCCGGUGGCGGAUAUAUCCGCUCCUCGGCACGUCAACUUAGCAGCACCGACGACACCCUUGCGCUGGGUACGGAAGACCAGGAGACUGCACCCUUUGACACGCAUUAUGGUGGUUCGGAGGGCGGCCAUGUCUCACUGACGGAACCCGCGGAGAAACCUGCAGGCGGGUCAUACUUCCCCCAGAUGGGAUUCGAAGGGCACAAGGAGCGCGGGCUGCGUGAUGGCGGUUCUUUUGCCGGUGCCGGAUGUAUCCGCCGUCCAAGUCUCCGUGCCAAUGCAGAGCGGAAGGAGCACUUUGUUGUCGGACACACUUCGCAGCAAACACGCAGCAUGGAUAACACCCUUGCCCUGAAUAUGGAAGACCAGCAGACUCCACCACCGGCGCAUCAACCCAGCAGCACCGAUGACACGCUUGCCCUGGGUAUGGAAGACCAGGAGGCUGCACCCUUCGACACACAUUAUGGUGGUCCUGAGGGCAGGCAUGUCUCGCUGACGAUUGCCUCGGAGAAACCUGCGGACGGGCAGAAGGGGCACGGGGUGCGUGGUGGCGGUUCUUUUGCCGGCGCCGGAUGUAUCCGCCGUCGAAGCCUGCGUGUCGGUGCAGAGCAGACUCCACCACCGACGGAGCAGCAGCCACGCAGCACGGAUAGCACCCCUGCCUUGGGUGUGGAAGACCAGGAGACUCUUCCUCGUGAUGCACAUUGUGGCGGUGCCCUGGGCGGCCACUUGCGACAUGUGGCACGAUAUGAUGAUAAUGAUGACGACGGUGAUGAACACGAUGAUAGUGACGAUUACGGUGGUGAUGUUGAUCUGGGCGACGAUGUCGCUGACGAUGAUGACGAUGUUGAUGACGAUGAUGAUGUCGAUGAUGAUGUUCGUGAUGAUGAUGAUUGUGAUGACGACGAUGAUGAUGACGACGAUGAUGAUGACGACGAUGAUGACGAUGUCGAUGAUGGCGAUGACAACGAAGAGGACGAUGGUGGUGAUUUUGAUGACGGCGACGAUGUCGCUGAUGAUGAUGAUGUUGUUGAUGACGUUGAUGAUGUUGAUGAUGAUGUCGAUGAUGAUGACGAUGUUGAUGACGUUGACGAGGUUGAUGAUGAUGUUGUUGAUGAUGAUGAUGAUCGGAUCCUAGAGAAGAGGGAGUCCUGUGGGGGGUUGACUUGGAGCCCGCCGAGGGCCAUGGCGCGGAAGGCGGCGGAAGGCGAGGCCGUGGGCGGGGAGGGAGCGCAGGGCACUCCCCAAAAAAAGAGGGGAGAAUGUCAAGAAGAGUUGGUGGGCUCUUCGAAGAAACAAAAGACCAAGACCCCGAGGACUGCGGGAGAGAAAUGGAAGGGGAGGGGGGUGGAAGAGGGUCACCCGGGUAGCAAACGUCCAGCUUCGAAACAUAAACAGCCUGAGUCGGGACCUUCUUCACCACGGCCUACCAUCGACGUGGACGCCGGGUACUUCCUGGAGUACAAAGACGGCAUCAAGAUAAGGCAGGAGUUUGAGAUCAGCCCGGCUCAGAUCGUUGACAUAAGGGAGUGGGAGGAUCUUUACAACCAGCGGUCGCUAGAUCCCGUCCUCGUGGAAACGAUAAGGAAAGCAAUGCGGUCUGCGUUCGAAAAUAAAGAACAGACGUACGAGUUGCCGGUCUUCAAGCGCGCACCACUGGGGCUUCAAAAACCAACUCCUGGGACCAAGGCACAACGUCUGAAACCAGAGGAGUGGAAGGAUGAGAUGGCGGGAGAAUACUACUACUACGCGGUGUGCGGGCAGCACAACGCGGCUGCAGCCAGGUCGCUGCUCGGCAGCGAGGUGGCCAAGAAGUACAAUUUCGAGCGGUGGCCGGCACGGAUGGUGUACUUUUUUUACGAUGACUUCGAAGGGUAUUUUCUUGUUAGUUCACAGGACAACAAGAAGGACCUGAAAGCGCCUCCCAGACAGCUCAAACUUUCUAUGAAAGACAUUCGAUGGCAGUGGAAGCAUGACGGUUGCCCGAGAGCUGUGAUGGGGAACCCUAGCGGGAAACAAGAUCAGGUUCGGGCUUGGCGCCGGCUCCCCGUCGUUGGCGAAGUUGGGAAAGCUCAGCGUGCAGGCCAUGGUUCAGCUAGUGAAGUGCGACCGCGUGCUGGUCCGGUUGUGGAAUUACUACCAAUUCAAGCACGAGAAGAGGCCGGACGCGGACUGGAUCCAAAGGUACCUUUCCUGAAAUCGAGGUCUGCCGUGUUCAAGAAGUUUGAAGGUCAGGGAUUGGAUGACGAGUUGUGGGAUAACAGCAGGAAACACGUUUCCGACUCGGCGCUGUCCAAGGACUGCCCGCCAUACAUGGGUUGCGACGAGGACAACUCGAUUGAGGUGAUGGAGAAGUUGGCGGGCCACAAGAAGUUGUUCGUCGACUGGAGAAACAAGGUUCUCUCCAUGUUGAACGGAAGCAGACUGAAGAGCCGGGAAGUCGCACUUGCUGAAGGCGUCGUUCACAUUAAAUGGAAAGACACGAGGGACGUGACAUCCAUCGCGCCGUUCGCCAAUGACCCUUUAGAGGCGGACAUCAGGGGCGCAGAGCUGAAGGAGGCAGUGGUUGCCACAAAGAGCCACACGAAGGGAGAGGGUGUCGUGUUCCUUGGGAAACCGCACGCGCGAAGCGUUUGGGAGCUUCUGAAGGCCGACCGACACGUUGUCGCAAUGGAAGGGAACUCCGACCUCUUGCAAUUCACGAUGCAGGUGGUGAAAAGCGAGGUCAAUUCGAGUGGGCACAAUUGUAAGUCCAUGGUCGUGAGGCCAACACGGGAUAAGGUGUGGAGCAAGAAGACGGAUAUGUGGUUCAAGUUGAGCGAGAGGAAGAGGAACAAGAUAUACGAUUUCUUGUUCCUUCAAACGCGUCCGAGGAGGGACACUGACGCCGAGUACAUCCGCCGGAAGGACCACAUGUUGGCACUGCUCGACAACUACCACUUCGCCUCCCGCAUGAACGCGAAGACGUUUAUCGAAAGGCUGCAAUCGCUGUACUUCGUGGAGUCCGAGGAGCAGUUGAAGUUAGCCAGUUAUGCUUCCCUGAUUUCCACUGACGACGAGGAAGCCAUAGGUGUGGAGUUUGUCGCCAACGCGAAGGAGGAGGAGAGCGACACGGAGAGCAUCGACCUGCAGUACGACCCGCCUCCGGCGGACGACGGCCGAGGGUCCUCGUCGGCCGGUCCAUCACCAAGCGUUGCAGCCCUCAUGUCACCAUUGGCCAAACCGGCGCUGGGCACCAUGCCGAUGAAGUUGUUGGAGAGACAUAGAGCUUUGGCCGCCCCCCCGCCCGCUUUGCGUCCCGGGUCCGUUGUCCCGCCCGAUCAUCCGUCUUGGAAGGAUGACAACAUCCCCUUCCUGCUUGAACCGCAACGUCAUUCACCUGAGCAGGACUGGGGCCAUGACMUGGUUUGGCAUCCGGGAGUCAUCCAGCCAGCGAUACGAAAUGGCGAGUGGGUCAUGGCCGUGGCAAUCCCGAGCGCGGGAUGGGUGUCAUUCCCAUGCGAGUCGAAGUCCAACUUCCUGCACCUCGCGAGGAUUUCGGUCCUCCAGAAAGUGAAGGUCGAAAAUGACACUUUAGCACCCAGCGACCUGUCCCUCAUUUCCACUGUUGGUCGACUGUUUGACGAGCUUCAGGACAAGUGCUGGUUGGAAUUGACGGAGGACUACUACGAGCUCGACACGAGUCCGUCGAAGGGCGUGGUGGACUGGAAAGUGCCCCCUCCCUGUGGGUCGGACGGUGGUUCUGGGGGGGGGUCACCUGGAAGCGGAGGGGAUGGGGGUGGCGACGCAGGGGGUGGCAAAGGAAUCCCGCCUAUGGGGGAGAGAGGGUCUCACGGCCGCAACACGACACUGGGAGGCAGCGCCAGGGUGGCAGGUUUCGCCAUCGACCGGACUCCGUCGACAGGCACCCGGUCCGAGCACACGACACACUCCGCCGACCCCCAGACUUCGUCCGUGGGCUCAACGAGGGACACGUUGGCAGCCUUGGUUGCUCUGGGCAUUCGCUCGGCCAGAAAGCCGAAGUCCGCCGGGAUCCGAACUACGUCGGGUGAGGAGCCGCCAGAGCCGUCCGGAAUGCGAAGCUGCUCGGGGUCGGGGGAUCCAAGCACGGAUCGAGAAAUUCGCAGCAUUGCGGCGCGGGACGGAGAUGUCAGAACGGUGUCGCUUGCGCGGGAGCGACGGCCGCAAGGAUUGCAGCGGGAGGCUGCAAGUACAGGGUCCGGUGACACGGAGGCCAUGAAAUCCGCCGAGAUCCGAACUUCUUCAGGGGGGGUUUGUCGGCCAGGGAUUGUCAUGCCGUUGAGAGGGGCAGCUUGCACGGGGACGGAAGGGCGAUCCUCGCGAUUCGGCACGGGUACCGCGGAAGGGGAUGAGUUUCGUGGAAGGGAAGUAGGGGAGGAAACGGAGGAACAGAAGGGAGUGCAAGAAGGGGAGGAAGAAGGGGAAGAAGAGGAGGAAGGGGAGGAAGCGGGAGAAACGGAGCUAAUUGAUUUGUUUGAAGGAAGGGAGGGUGUCGGGUCCGGAGAAGACGAAGUGGAACACAGGGAGGACAAUGCCGGAUCUGGAGAGUCGUCUGACGAGUUCGGACAACUGUACGGAGAGCAUCACGAGGAUGAUGUCGACGACGAUGCCACGACAAUAGAGAUGGAGACACAAGUGGUCAGCAGCCUUUCCACAGAGCCUGAAGAUUAUGCGGUCCGUCCACUGACGUCUGCUGUCGACUUGCAACACCGGUUCGACGAGGCUUCCGUCGCUAUCAGCCCGUCUGAAAAAAGUCGACGUAUAAGCAUCGACGAAGUUAUCGACGGUAUCCUCGGUGACCACAACGUGUCUGCCCGUCCGUCCGCAACUGCCAACGUCACAUCUUCCGUGGCAGCUGCCCUCGCUUCGUCGCCGCCGAAGUCUCUGGUGCUGCAGGCCACCCUUGCCGCCGAAGGCGAAGGCGAGUGCGGUGGAGGACAGCAUUUGACGUCCCCCAAAAAAUUGAGGUUCGGCGGUCAGGUUGUCGACGUGCUCGCUUUGCCUGCGCCAAAUUCACCAUCGAAGGAACGGAGAGAGAAACAGACAGGGGUGGUGUCGUCUCGAACAUGGAGGUCCUCCAAAUAUCCAGAGCACAUAUUGCAGAAAGUCCCCGGGUUGAGUAAAAAACACAAGGAUAUGUUAAAGGCAUCAGGGGUUGAUGUCGAGAUCGGGAAGAAGGAGUACACCUUUGCCAUUGAGGAAUGUCUUUCCGUUCUUGCCCCAGAGAAAGGGACAUAUCCACGAUUAGUGAGUAGGGGUCAGGCCAUGUAUGAGAAGUACUUAGCAACACGUCAUGCACCCGGGGAUAAUGUCUAGAACUCCGUUUCUCACUACCCCACGUGUCCUUUGCUCGAUGUUGUGCAGUGCGGGCAACAAGUGCAGCACACGGGAAAAGUUUCGCUGCAACGAUUGC